GAGUCACGAGCAUGCCGCUCGCCUGCUCCCUGACACAUUCGACAAGCGGCGUCGUAACUGGAAGCAACGCGCGGCAAGGGACCGACCAGCUCCGCAAUACCACGAGACGCCGCGCGAGACGUCCUCUCCCUCGAGUGGGACACCCGCACACAGCUGUACCUCGGAGGAGAGAAAAACGGAACACGAUUAAGUCGAAAAUAAAAAGAACAUCGGUAACGACCGAAGGUCAAGGGUCCGAGGUCCAACCGGGACAGUGCGAAGGGGUUGGUUUCGUGCAAAGACUCCGUCAGACAGACGACAGUGUAAAUUUUAUUGUGACGGUUUGUGCAGUUUAUUUUAUACGUGUUCAUCGCCCACCCCCGAUACGACCUUGACGCGAAAAAAAAAUAAUCGAACGGUAAACCAGGUGCUCCGUUUAGUCGUCCGCGUCGCGGUAUUUGGACAGAUGAAGAAAACAGUGAAUACGACUCUUCGGUGCUCCCCGGACUCUGGACUUAUCUAAAUUCGAGAACGUCGCCAAUUCCAUUUCCCUGUCUAUCGUAAAGUAAGGGUGACUUAGCCCCAAUCGAAAUACCUUAGUCCCGGGUUCGUGGUUAAACGAGGAACGGCGUUGUUGCCCCAGGAGAUAACGCACAGCAUCACCACGCGGUCCGACGAGUGGUCCGGACUCCUGCCCAGCUCCACUAUAGUGGGUGCUGGCGGGUCGCCAUGGCUCGGUCUCGGUGCAGGAGGUGGUGCGGGGGCGACAACAGGCGGUGGAAGCCCCGUAGAACUCGAAGGACACUGGGGCCGAAAAUUGUACGGGGCUAGCGUCGCUCCUCCGCCACCCCCGCCCCAUCAUCACCCGAGAGCACCGCUCGUAUUUCCCAUUCAAGACAUGCGACAAACGCUCAAGGAGGAACCGGUGCCAAGAGCUUGGCCGCAACCUGCCAUCGCCGACAACGGAACCGUCGGAGUCGGCAGAGCCCAUUUCGAGAAGCAACCCCCCAGUAAUCUGAGAAAGAGUAAUUUUUUUCACUUCGUGAUCGCGCUGUACGACCGUGCGGGGCAACCAAUCGAGAUCGAGAGGACGGCCUUCAUCGGAUUCGUCGAGAAGGAUCAGGAAACGGAGGGACAGAAGACGAACAACGGGAUCCAGUACCGGCUGCAACUGCUCUACGCAAACGGUGUGAGACAAGAGCAGGAUAUAUUCGUCAGGUUGAUAGACUCCGUCACAAAACAGGCCAUCAUGUACGAGGGACAGGACAAAAAUCCAGAAAUGUGCAGGGUGCUCUUGACCCACGAAGUGAUGUGCAGUCGAUGUUGCGACAAGAAGAGUUGCGGGAACCGUAACGAAACGCCCAGCGAUCCGGUGAUUAUAGAUCGGUUUUUCCUCAAGUUCUUUCUCAAGUGUAACCAAAACUGCCUGAAGAACGCCGGUAACCCUAGAGACAUGAGACGCUUUCAGGUGAUUAUUUCCACCCAAGUCGGCGUCGAAGGACCUCUCCUAGCUGUAUCGGACAAUAUGUUUGUCCACAACAACAGCAAACACGGGCGCAGAGCGAAACGCCUGGACCCCAGUGACCCCGGAGAGUAUAACAAAUUGAUGUACUGUACCCUUGACGGAGUGAUGCAUUACAAAGGCCUCUAUCCGCCACUGCCUGUCGCAACCCCCUGUAUCAAGGCGAUAUCGCCCAGCGAAGGAUGGACGUCCGGUGGAUCCACCGUCAUCAUAGUCGGUGACAAUUUCUUCGACGGACUUCAGGUCGUCUUCGGAACAAUGCUUGUCUGGAGUGAGCUUAUUACUCCGCACGCCAUCAGGGUUCAGACUCCACCGCGUCACAUACCGGGUGUCGUGGAGGUCACGCUGUCCUAUAAAAGUAAACAGUUUUGCAAGGGAGCGCCGGGGCGAUUCGUUUACGUUUCUCUGAACGAACCGACGAUCGACUACGGCUUCCAGAGGUUACAAAAGCUCAUCCCUAGGCAUCCGGGUGAUCCCGAAAAAUUACCGAAGGAAAUAAUAUUGAAGAGAGCGGCGGACCUGGCGGAGGCGCUCUACAGCAUGCCGAGGGGAGGUAACACCGGUAUCUCGGGAGCACCGAGAAGUCCUGGAUCCGGUCAUCCCCCUCCACCCCCAACGUCCACCUCGGCAACAGCCUUCAACUCGUAUACAGGACAGCUAGCCGUCACCGUGCAAGAAAACGGUAGCGCCAAAUGGACAGACGACGGUGGCUCUGCGACCACUGGGGCAGGGGGAGGAGGAGGUGGCAGCGUCGGGGGCAGCGCUGAUGCUUACAGGCAGAGUAGCAGCGUCAGCCCUCGGGGGGGUGGCACCGGUGGUUACUGCGGGAGUAGCGCCAGCACCCCACACAGUCACAGUACCGCCGGAAGCUACUCAGCCGCUACCAACCCCUACACCGUUCCCUUACCCGGAAGUCCGACUCUCUACAACUCCCGGCUAGGAGGAGUGGUGGGAUCCCCAUUCAACAUGAAUCCCUUUAUGCUGCCAACUUGUAGCCAGGGGUACUCAGCCGCAGGUAGCCCGCUGCUAUCCACAUCCGGCAAAUAGUGUUACGAGAUAUAAGCUCCGGUUGGUGCUGACGCUUCUCUUCUAGGGUGCUCAGCCGAACUGUCGAUGCUUACGAAUCGUGCUUACGACGAAGACGGUGAUCACGAAACGGAAUAGGGGAGGGAAAAGAAAAUAAUCGCAUUUAUAUCGUCACAUAACACAUACACGAUGUAAUUUUGCGAGAAAGGAGAGAGAUAGAGAGAGAGAGAGAGAGAGAGGGAGAUCGUUUAAAAAAAAAAAAAAAAAACCAGUGCAAAUUUGAUAGCGGGUCUAAUGAACAGAUCUUACUUACCACACAUAUAGUGAUAAGAUUAAAAUGCGCGUGUAGGCAGUAAGGAAUAUACAUAUCGCAGAUGAGGAGUUUGUAUCUAUAUCAAAUAGUUUAUAUCAACAACGUAUUAUUAUCAUUAACAAUAAUUAUAUCGAAGAAGAAAUGAAAAACGAAGGGAUAAUUCUGCAUGAACAAUUUACUUCACGUGUAAAUGGCGCGUGUAUGGAACGCAGGAAUUAAAAAGACGGAGAACAGUAAGUGAGAAAGAGAGCUAUGAUAACUUCAUUCUUAUAAUUUAUCCGAUAUACCGAAAUUGUUCUAUUAUUCUUCAUUAUUUGUUACGAAGUUAAAUUUUUCAUCAUCUUCCCAGGAACAGGAAAAAUAAAUUUUUAGAUUAUGUGACAUAUCCAUCUAUACAUAUAUCGUAUAAGUUUUAUAGAGAAAAUAGAAAAUAAAAAUCAUUGAUCUCGAAAUUCAUAAAAUUAAUUCAGUUUUCGUAAAUACAGACAGGCUCCCUAUUGUUAGGUAGGAUCGAACACAUUAUACAUAUGAAUAUAAAUAUAAAUAUAAAUAUAGAUAUAUAAAUAUAAAUAUAUAUUAUCUUUAACCUGUAAAAUAUGUGUAAAUAUUGUUACGAUGUACAAACUAUUUCAAACUCAACGAAAAAAAAGGGAAAAAAAAAUAGUAACAACAAAAGGAAACCUAACAAUGUCAAGUGGAAUGGAGGAAUUUUUGUUAAGGAAAGGGCUUGCGAAGAUAACCCGAUUUAAGAUUGAAGUUACUAUGAUAUACAGUUAACGGACUUAACGAAUUCGAUAAAGUUAACUCUGAGUAUAAAUAGAUGUAAAUAAUCUUAGCGCACCUAGCUUACUCGUAGGAAACACUUCGAAAAGUCCACGGCCUUCAUUCGUUGACGGGCGGCCAGGUAAUAUACAUAAUCAAUAUUGAACAAAUUCAAAUAAGUAGUCAUACCACGACCAAGAAAUAAUCGCGUUCUAUCAGCCGCGUCAACGCAGGGAAAGAACGCCGUGCUUUAUGUAAAAAAAAAAACAUUAUUGUAAUAACAAUAAUUAUGAUAAUGGUAAAUUUUCUUUCUUUCAUCAUCAAAAUUAUUUGAUAAUAACGAACAAAAUGAUUUAAAAAUGAAUUGAAUUACGAAGGACGAAAACAAAAAAAAAAAAAGAAAAAAGUAUACGAAAAACCAAAGUCCCAGCAACAAUUGUAACUGCGUACGUUUCUAUAUUGUAAGCAUAAUAUAACUAAUAAUACCCUGUAUUAACAUUAUUAGUUAGUUUUAUUAUUAAAAUUGAUAUUUUGGUUUUCAUAAUGAA